AUGGGAAGACGCUCUUCGUCACAGACUCUGGGCUGGAAACUUCUGGCUUGCCAGGCACAGACAACCAGGGUCCGGGGAACUUUUACAAUUACCCUAUCCGCAUCGAAUGGUCCGAGCGGCGUGCCUAGAAUUACUGGGAAGCGCAACAUAUUCCAGAGUCUCGAGGGUAGUCCGGACGGCAUCAAGAUUGCGGCCAAUGGGUAUCUAGUGGUGGCAUCUGGGCUGUCGCUUGGGGUUGAUAUCUUGACUGCAGAUGGCUCGGUAAUCGCAAGAAUCCAGACGAACCAUCCGGUUGAAAAUAUUGCUUUUGCAGGCGAUGAUCUGAAGACCUUAUACUUGGUCGGUAUUGGUGGUGUCUCCAAGGUUGAAUGGAAUCUGGCGGGGCCUGACCCAAAGAACUACUACAUUUGA